GUUCAACUGGUCCAACUGGUCCAACUGGUCCAACUGGUCCAUUUUUUUCUUUCUUAGCCUAAAUGGCAUCUAUAAUCACAAGAGAACAAGCAUUGUGUCUUCUAUUUUGUAAGGAAUACAAUGAAGACAAUAUAAAAAUGGCCCUAGAGAAGGUAUCCCUUUAUGAGGACCUAGAAAUUUGUCAUGCUGGCGACCCUCUACAGCCAAUGCUACUUCCUCAUGUUAGGAUCCAUUCGAAUCCUUUCGGUUUUAAGAAAUAUAGCUCUGAAGCUGAUACAGUCUCACAAGAAGUUCAGGAUAAGACAAAUGUUAACUUUAUCUGAUGAACAUUGAAUCGGAUGCUUGCUAAUAUGGCUGUGGGUACAAUGGGGGUCUUGUCAAAGAUAAAUCUCAUAUGAGCAAGCUAGAU